AUGUCUAAACCUGUUUUCAUUUAAAUGCAUUAUGUCAUAGCUACAAAACAGAGUUGAAUUUCCAAAAGUCUUUUCAAACAUUUCAUAUCUGCACAAAACGCGACAACGAAAAAACAUUGAAUGUUGCACAAUCUUUAAAAUGGCAUGGAUAAAGUUUCUACUUUCUCUUCUCCUUGUGAAAAACUGCACACCUCAAAGAUGGUGGCAAAGUCCAGAAGACGGGCCUACCUGCAAAAAUGGGACAUGUGGAGAAACUGAUACAACGUGUGAGUGCUCACUCACAAUUGAACACAGACUUACCAUGAUGACAACAAACCCUCCCUCGCUAGUUCGACCUAAAAAUGGUCGUCUAUAUCUGUACAACGAUACAAGUUUCAGUUUUCCACUUUCUGAUGAGAGGAUGUCGAAAGUGCUCACUGCUGAUGGGUAUGGAUCACGUCUUGUUAUAGCCUUAAAUGGGAAGUUUCCUGGUCCUACAAUUGAAGCAUACGAAGAUCAGACAAUGAUCAUCCAUGUUCGUAAUUUAAUGCACACAGAUUCCACUACAAUACAUUGGCAUGGCAUGCAUCAAAAAGGAACUCCAGGAUCUGAUGGAGUGGCUUUUAUUAGUCAAACUCCAAUUCUACCUGGACAGACAUUUACAUACAGAUUUAGCGCUCAACCUCACGGAAGCAGUUUCUAUCAUGCACAUAUUGGCGAUCAGCGAAGCAUGGGACUAUACGGGGGACUUAUAAUAUAUCCGAGGUAUAAGUUCUUUUCUCAGCCACAGGUCGGAUUCACAGUUCUUCUACAGGACUGGAAUCAUGACGAUGAGCCGGAGACUUUGUAUCAGCGCAUGAUUAAUGGUGUGUAUGACCUUAGUAAAUUCACCCUAAUUGAACCAACACAGUCGAUUGAUGGUGCCAACUUUAGCAGAUUUCAUAUUCAUUCCGCUUUGAUCAAUGGCAAAGGGCGGUUUUACACGGAACAGUUAAAUAACAUAUUUGCACACAAUGAAGCUCCAUUAGAAACAUUUGAAGUAGAGUACGGGAAGUCAUAUAGAUUUCGUGUUAUAAGCGCCUCAACUUUGUAUCCUUUUCGGGUAUACGUUCAAGGUCAUCGUGAUUUAAAUAUGCGGGCAUCAGAUGGCUUUGAAAUUGCUCGUGGUACAGGAAACAAUAUCAGUGAUUUAAUUGUGGAAUCCUUUAUCAUCCAUCCUGGUGAAAGGUAUGACUUCACAUUAAAUGCUAAUCAAACCCCACGAACGUACCUACUGGUAGCCGAAAGCAUUGAAGACCUUUCUAAGAAAAGCCCACCCGAAUAUCAUGCAGCAGAGGCAAUAAUUCGAUAUAAAGGAACAUCUUCAACCUAUCCGAAUAAGGACAGUAGCGUACAAAGUCACUGCAACUCCUCAACACCUUGUGUAACAUUUAAUUGCCCCUAUCUCUAUUAUCCAAAAAAAAAUUACCGCCCAUGUUUAACGUUUGACAAAGCAAAUAGCAAUGAAAGUUUGUCGAAAUUCAAGGAAAUUCAAAAUGUUGAUGAAACUCUCUUUUUUAAUUUUGCAUUUCCCGGAGAACCAAGGUAUACACCAGGCUCGGUCAAUGGACAUCAGUUUAUUUAUCCAACUUCUCCUAUAUUAACAAACGAAAAAGAUCUUACUACAAAUUGUAGAAAUAGCGAUUGUGGUGAGGACAAAAUAUGUAAUUGCACUUACAGUGUUGAGCUCUCAUCUAAUAGGGUGUACCAGUUUGUCUUGACUAAUUUGGGAAACGGAAGAGGCUGGUCCCAUCCUAUUCAUUUGCAUGGUCAUUAUUUUUAUGUCAUGAAAAUGGGAUUUGGAAGCUACGAUCAGGCUGAAGGCAAAUUUUUGACUUCAACAACCGACAUUGAAUGUAUUGGCUCCAGAAAUUACUGUAAUUCCGCUCGAUGGGCCAACAUCACUUGGACAAAUGCAGGUAAUUCUAUUCCAGGUCUCAGGUUGGAUUAUCCCCCCGAAAAAGACACGAUUAUUAUUCCGACGGGUGGAUACGUCAUUAUUCGAUUUAAAGCUAACAAUCCCGGUGCCUGGUUUUUCCAUUGCCAUAUCGACCUUCACAACACAAAUGGCAUGGGAAUGGUACUUUUAGAAUCCAAAGACAAAUGGCCUGAUUAUAUCAGCAGCAAAGGGGAUUCCACUAGGAAUGGAACCUUCCACAUCAUUGUGUUGUUUUCAAUCCUUGGACUGGUUUUCUCAAUGUAGUGAAAGAAUGUUCCAAUUAAAAAGGAAACAAGAUGGACAUUUAUUAAGUACUUUAAUUAUAAAUAUUUCACUUUAUUGAAUUUCAUUUUAUGCAUAAAAUUAAUGCGUAUUAUAAAAUCUAAUAACAAGUUAAUGACUUUAAAUGAAUAUAUUGUAUUGUUAGAUUUUGUAGUACAUGUGUAUAUUCUCACUUUAUAGCUAUUUAUGGCAAAUCGUAAUUGAGUUAUUCGCUUUUACGAAAAAUAUCGACUGGUCAAUAUGUUCGUUUAUAUUGACCGACUAAGAAUCAAUCGAAAGGGACAUUCUCUCUUUUAAAAAAACCGAAUUGGGCUAUCAGUCAUGACAAAUGAACAACGGAUGCACGAAUCGGCGGUUUGCUAGCAUUGAAGCAACCACUAUUGAAAUAAAACUUAUUAAUAUUAAAAGUUUUUACAAAAAUAUAUUGUUAUAAACGUAUACUAUGGAAUUAUAGACUCCGCAGUGGCUCAAUUUUCGUGUAAUUUGUUGAUACCUCUCAUCCAUGAAUCAACAUCCUUCGUGAAAUAAUAAAUUAUGGGUUUUAAAAAAUCUGUCAUUUGUAGGCAUAAGAGAAAACACGAAAUAACGUCCCAACGAACCUGUAAGUUUUAGGCAAUCCACGAAAAUUGGCCCCCAUGAGCUUUAAUGAUUCAACAGUACUUUUUUAGGCUUUGAAUAGAAAUAGAAUAUUUAGUUAACUCUGAUGGGUCUUGGAUUUGUUAUUGUGUGAUGAAUAAAUACUAGUAUCAAUAAUACUCGUAACCUCAUAUAUUAUUGUUGGUUUAGGUGUAAUAAUAUUGCUUUUCUUUAUUCAUUUAAUCAGUAAAAGAUUAAAAAUUAGUUUAAUCAAUGUCGUUAAAACUGUGUCAUAUGUACAUAAAAAUAGUUAUAUUAUUUUCUACUAACAUAUUUCUUCCUUGUGAAAUAUUUUUACAUAAAACACUGUGUGUAGUAUUGACAAAUUUGAAGAUGUGAUUUAUAUUUUUAAAAAGAUUUGUCUUUUAAGUUAGCUUGUAAUAAAAAAAAAAUACAACACUCGUCGUAACAAUUUUCAAAUUAGUAAUGAUCAGGGAACUAGCUUGAUUAGGACCAGAUUUUGGAUCUCAAACUAUAAGUUUUGGGGUUUUAGAGUUAUUUAUUAUUCAUUAAAAUACAAAGAAUGGAAUACUUAAAAGAUGUUUAAUUUUUUUAUAUUUAUUUAAAUAUAAUGCAUUUUUCCUGACGAGAAGUAUUUUUCUAGAUUGUAAUUUAUAAAAAAUUACAAUUGUCUUUACAAUAUUAAUUGUUUCAAAGAAAUAUUCAAUGUUAGAAAUUAAAAAAAAAAUUGUACUUGUUCAACGUUUGAUUAGAUUAAGAAUUAACUUUAAAUCUGGCGG